AUGCCUCCAUCGGACGCAAAGCAUGAAUAUUUCAAAAUCCACAAGAAGUUCAAGUAUGCUCCUUUCUGUGCAGAUUUCGGGCCAUACAACCUCGGAACAACCCAUCACUUUUGUGAUACAGUAAAACGAAUGCUCAAGAAUCCGGAAAACUCAAGAAAGCAGAUCGUGUUUUGUUGUGGUGUGGAGACUGAAGAUGUCACGAAUGCGGUGUAUCUCUUGGGAUCGUUUCUGGUCUUGAAGAUGGAGGCCAGUGUGCUUGACGUCAUGCACAUCUUCUCGGCCCUUCCUCGAGGAGUCUUGCGCCCCUACAGAGAUGCGACGUGGGUACGGAGCACCUACGACCUCAAGCUAGACGACUGCUGGGCAGCCCUACAAAGAGCAGUGGCAACGGGGCUGUACAUGCCCGCGUCCUUCAGCAAGGAGGAGUACUUCUACUACGAGGAGCCCUGCAAUGGAGACAUGCACGUGAUCCUUCCCGGCAAGUUCUUGGCCUUCCGGGGCCCUGUGGGAAGGCGGGGCGGGCAGGGCUCGUCGUGUUUUGUACCGGCAGAUUACUUUGAGGUUUUCAAGAGCCAGGAUGUGAGCACGGUGAUACGACUCAACUCACCUGAGUACGAUAGAGAGGAUUUUGUCAAGGGAGGGUUCAGCCAUCACGAGCUGCAAUUCCGAGACUGCAGCACGCCUCCUCCUCGUAUCAUUGAUGAGUUCCUUAGGAUCGCAGAGGGUGAAACCAGAACUAUCGCCGUGCAUUGUCUCGCGGGACUCGGCAGGACAGGGACGCUCAUUGCGAUCUACAUUAUGAAGCAUUUCUACUUCACAGCAGCUGAAGCCAUCGCAUGGGUCAGGAUUUGUCGCCCCGGCAGCAUCAUUGGCCCACAGCAACAGUUCCUAGAAGACCUAGAGGAGAUUCUGCAUGCCAUGGGCAGGGCGGGAGGAACUCAGUGA